AUGGCAACUCUGACCCCGAGUCCACAGACGCAACGCCGCGUGACCUUUCACCUCCCAGACGGCUCUCAGGAGAGCUGCAGUGACAGCGGGCUUGGAGAGCAGGAGCCCAAUAGCGGUGCCAGCACCACCCAGCCUCUGCCCUUGGGCUUCCCUCAGGAAGAGUACUAUGAACAGACCUCACCGAACAGCCGCACUGAGGGUGAUGGCAACUCUGACCCCGAGUCCACUAUUGAAGUGAACCUGCAGAAAGCUCUCGCCGAGGCCUCGGAGACCUGUACCCAGGAAUGUCUGAUCCUGGGUCAUUCUGACAGCUGCUGGAUGCCGCCAGCGCUGACCCAAUUCCAGAUGUCCGGCGCCGCCACUCUGCCCUCCUUUGGUUUUCAACAAAGCUGGGCGCGGGGGAACAAGCCAGAUGGGCGUCACACCCUUGGCAGGUCAGUGCCCAAAGAUGAUCUGGACAAAGGGAGCAACCGGCCCCAAUUCUACAACACACUUGAGAGACACUGCGGCAAGAAAGAGGAUCCCAUCAAGGUCAUCCCUCUAGCCAGCUUUUCCGCCACGUCUAGCCCCCAGACGUCUGCGGGCGGAGGCUCUUCCGCCUUCCUGCACGAGCAUCAGCUGUAGAAGCGAGGGUAGGCCUCAGAGCACAGCAUAAUGAGAGUGAUUGAAAUGGAAAAGCUGACGGGUUCUGAUCGUUAUUAGCAUGUGUCAACCCUUUCACGGCACGGCGGAAGGGGAAGUUAAAGCAAAGGACACUAGCUUUCGAUAUCCUCUGUGAAACUGAAACAUGUACAGUAGACAAAUGGUAGAUAUAGACCAAAGUAGCUCCUCAAGUGAAAAAAACAUAACAAAAAAAAAAAAGCGGUGUGAAAUGUAUCUUCGUAACAGAUUAGUGGCAAAUGAACUAAGCUUUACUGUUGAUCAAAAGGGACAAGAUUACAACAAAUUACUUUUAAGCCUGUGCUGCUGGAAGAAAUCAUUGCAUACGUUUACAUGCUCGCUGAUAAAAAAAAAAACACGCCAUGUUCUUGUUAUUCAAAGAAAAUGUGUGCAUAUUGCGCACAUUAUCUUCUCUAAUUUGAAAUACAUAUGAACACGUGUCUGCAGCUAGUGGUCUUGGUCGAGUUUAAUUGGCGCUCACUAACAGCAAAGCCGGUGGUUAUUUCGUUGUGCUUUGCACAUGAACGCAGACAAAACAAUAAAAAUUAGGCUUUGAGUUAAGAACCGCAUUCGGAAUAUUACGACACAUGUAAGCGUAGUCAAUAAGGUUAAGUGUAAUGUGUGAGCGCUUGGUGACUGCAGUAUUUCUUUCGGCUUCGGUGAGGUCCGUCGUUUCCUGCUGAAUUUCCGCCUGAGUCAGUUUUACUCUGCUAAAGAGACCUAGCUCCAUGCCUCUGAAUGUGCUGCUUACUCUGUCAAGACUACAGAUACAGCUAAGCCUCUCUGCAAAAAUUAGUCUUAACACGUAGAAACUUUUAUAUAUAUU